UAUUCUUCAAUUGCUACCACACAGUGCUGUAGAAUUUUCCUACGGGAGGUCAGUGCAAAGGAGACGUGCAAGAUGUUCUUCUAUUGCUACCACACUGGUGUAGAAUUGAUAUUCUUCGAUUGCUACCACACAGUGCUGUAGAAUUUUCCUAGAAGAUAUAUUGAAAGGGAAGUCAGUGGAAAGGAGAUUUCGCCUCACCAGUCGCUGGGCCACAGGUCUGCCACUGCCUGUUUUGGAUGGCCAUAAGAUUAUUGAUGGGCUGCUUAAACGCUGCUUAUGAGUAAUGGGUAACAUGAAAAUUUCAACCAGAAGGUGGUCUGCUAAUCUCGUUUUCUUGCUUAUUUCUUCAGGCUUUCACUGGCAAUUUGUUGAUGCCUUUACAGAUACAAUCUUACAAGGUCAAUCACUCACAACCUCUCAGACCAUCAUAUCUGCUGGUGGUAACUUUGAAUUAGGAUUCUUUUCUCCUGGAAAGUCCACAAAAUAUUAUGUGGGGAUAUGGUACAAGAAAUUCUCAGAGCAAACCAUUGUGUGGGUAGCUAACCGAGAUUAUUCGUUCACAAAUCCAUCCGUGGUUCUUACUGUCAGCACAGAUGGCAACCUCGAGAUUUUGGAGGGGAAGAUUUCGUACAAGGUGACAAGCAUAUCAUCAAACAGCAACACUAGUGCCACCCUGUUGGAUUCUGGAAAUCUUGUUUUGAGAAAUAAGAAGUCAGAUGUCUUAUGGGAGAGCUUUGACUAUCCAUCGGACACGCUUCUGCCCGGAAUGAAACUUGGAUAUGACAAAAGGGCUGGAAAAACAUGGUCAUUGGUGUCAUGGAAGAGCAGAGACGAUCCCAGUCCAGGAGCUUUCUCCAUAGAACACGACGCGAAUGAAAGUAGUCAGAUUUUUAAUCUGCAAGGACCCAAAAUGUAUUGGACUAGUGGGGUGUGGGAUGGGCAGAUUUUCAGCCAGGUUCCUGAGAUGCGUUUGUCCGACAUGUAUAAUUACAAUGCAUCCUUUAAUGAGAAUGAAAGCUAUCUGACUUACUCUCUUCGUUAUCCCUCCAUUCUGACCAGAGUGGUGCUAGAUGUGUCAGGCCAGGUUAGGAAACUGAAUUGGCAUGAAGGCACACAUGAAUGGGAUUUAUUUUGGCUUCAACCAAAAACAGAGUGUGAGGUUUAUGCUUACUGUGGGCCUUUCGGAACCUGCACUCGGGAUUCUGUUGAAUUUUGUGAAUGCUUGCCAGGUUUUGAACCUCGCUUCCCUGAAGACUGGAAUCUGCAAGAUAGAUCUGGAGGGUGUGUGAGGAAAGCAGAUUUGCAGUGUGUCAAUGAAAGCCAUGCUAAUGGGGAGCGAGACCAGUUUCUUUUGGUGUCUAACGUGAGACUGCCCAAGUAUCCAGUAACACUGCAAGCAAGGAGUGCUAUGGAGUGCGAAUCAAUUUGCCUGAAUCGCUGCUCUUGCUCUGCUUAUGCUUAUGAGGGAGAGUGUAGAAUAUGGGGUGGAGAUCUUGUAAACGUGGAGCAGCUACCAGAUGGUGACAGUAAUGGUAGAAGUUUCUAUAUCAAACUUGCUGCCUCUGAGCUAAAUAAGAGAGUUUCAAGCAGCAAGUGGAAGGUAUGGCUAAUUGUUACACUGGCCAUAUCUUUAACUUCAGCCUUUGUCAUUUAUGGUAUAUGGGGAAGGUUCCGAAGAAAAGGGGAAGAUUUGUUACUAUUUGAUUUCGUUAAUAGCUCAGAAGAUACCAGCUAUGAGCUUGGCGAGACAAAUAGACUUUGGAGGGGCGAGAAGAAGGAAGUUGAUUUGCCCAUGUUCAGUUUUGCAAGUGUAUCUGCUUCUACAAAUAACUUCUCUAUUGAAAAUAAACUAGGAGAGGGCGGUUUUGGAUCUGUUUACAAGGGAAAGUCACAAAGAGGAUAUGAUGUAGCUGUGAAAAGGCUCUCAAAAAGAUCUAAACAGGGAUGGGAGGAGUUAAAAAAUGAAGCCAUGCUUAUAGCCAAGUUGCAACACAAGAAUCUUGUGAAAGUUUUGGGAUACUGCAUCGAGCGGGAUGAGAAGAUAUUGAUUUAUGAGUAUAUGUCCAACAAAAGCUUGGAUUUCUUCCUCUUUGAUCCUGUAAAAUGUGGGAUUCUGAAUUGGGAGACGCGAGUUCACAUCAUUGAAGGGGUUGCUCAGGGACUUCUUUAUCUCCAUCAGUAUUCUAGAUUGAGAAUUAUUCAUCGAGAUUUGAAAGCUAGCAACAUUCUUUUGGAUAAGGACAUGAACCCUAAAAUAUCAGAUUUUGGAAUGGCAAGAAUUUUUGGAGGAAAUGAAUCAAAAGCAACAAGACAUAUAGUUGGUACUUAUGGCUACAUGUCCCCCGAGUAUGUUUUGCGAGGUCUCUUUUCAACUAAAUCUGAUGUUUUUAGCUUCGGGGUCUUAUUACUAGAGAUUCUAAGUGGCAAGAAGAUUACUGAAUUUUAUCAUAAUGACUCGCUCAAUCUUCUUGGAUAUGCAUGGGAUCUGUGGAAAAACUAUAGAGGAUUGGAGUUGAUUGAUCCAAUACUGAAUGAGAUAUCUUCGAGACAUAUUCUGUUAAGGUACAUCAAUGUAGCCCUUCUUUGUGUUCAAGAAAGUGCAGAUGAUAGGCCCACCAUGUCUGAUGUUGUCUCCAUGCUUGGCAAGGAAAAUGUACUUUUAUCAUCUCCAAAUGAGCCGGCCUUCUCAAAUCUAUGGGGUAUGAAACGACAUGCAUCUCAAGAUAGGCUUGAAAUUUGUUCCUUAAAUGAUGUAACACUUUCAAGCAUGGGAGCACGAUAUUCUUCGAUUGCUACCACACAGUGCUGUAGAAUUUUCCUAGAAGAUAUAUUGAAAGGGAAGUCAGUGGAAAGGAGAUUUCGACUCACCAGUCGCUGGGCCACAGGUUUUCACUGGCAAUUUGCCGAUGCCUUUACAGAUACAAUCUUACAAGGUCAAUCACUCACAACCUCUCAGACCAUCAUAUCUGCUGGUGGUAACUUUGAAUUAGGAUUCUUUUCUCCUGGAAAGUCCACAAAAUAUUAUGUGGGGAUAUGGUACAAGAAAUUCUCAGAGCAAACCAUUGUGUGGGUAGCUAACCGAGAUUAUUCGUUCACAAAUCCAUCCGUGGUUCUUACUGUCAGCACAGAUGGCAACCUCGAGAUUUUGGAGGGGAAGAUUUCGUACAAGGUGACAAGCAUAUCAUCAAACAGCAACACUAGUGCCACCCUGUUGGAUUCUGGAAAUCUUGUUUUGAGAAAUAAGAAGUCAGAUGUCUUAUGGGAGAGCUUUGACUAUCCAUCGGACACGCUCCUGCCCGGAAUGAAACUUGGAUAUGACAAAAGGGCUGGAAAAACAUGGUCAUUGGUGUCAUGGAAGAGCAGAGACGAUCCCAGUCCAGGAGCUUUCUCCAUAGAACACGACGCGAAUGAAAGUAGUCAGAUUUUUAAUCUGCAAGGACCCAAAAUGUAUUGGACUAGUGGGGUGUGGAAUGGGCAGAUUUUCAGCCAGGUUCCUGAGAUGCGUUUGUCCGACAUGUAUAAGUACAAUGCAUCCUUUAAUGAGAAUGAAAGCUAUUUGACUUACUCUCUUCGUUAUCCCUCCAUUCUGAGCAGAGUGGUGCUAGAUGUGUCAGGCCAGGUUAAGAAACUGAAUUGGCAUGAAGGCACACAUGAAUGGGAUUUAUUUUGGCUUCAACCAAAAACACAGUGUGAGGUUUAUGCUUACUGUGGGCCUUUCGGAACCUGCACUCGGGAUUCUGUUGAAUUUUGUGAAUGCUUGCCAGGUUUUGAACCUCGCUUCCCUGAAGACUGGAAUAUGCAAGACAGAUCUGGAGGGUGUGUGAGGAAAGCAGAUUUGCAGUGUGUCAAUGAAAGCCAGGCUAAUGGGGAGCGAGACCAGUUUCUUUUGGUGUCUAACGUGAGACUGCCCAAGUAUCCAGUAACACUGCAAGCAAGGAGUGGUAUGGAGUGCGAAUCAAUUUGCCUGAAUCGCUGCUCUUGCUCUGCUUAUGCUUAUGAGGGAGAGUGUAGAAUAUGGGGUGGAGAUCUUGUAAACGUGGAGCAGCUACCAGAUGGUGACAGUAAUGGUAGAAGUUUCUAUAUCAAACUUGCUGCCUCUGAGCUAAAUAAGAGAGUUUCAAGCAGCAAGUGGAAGGUAUGGCUAAUUAUUACACUGGCCAUAUCUUUAACUUCAGCCUUUGUCAUUUAUGGGAUAUGGGGAAGGUUCCGAAGAAAAGGGGAAGAUUUGUUACUAUUUGAUUUUGGUAACAGCUCAGAAGAUACCAGCUAUGAGCUUGGCGAGACAAAUAGACUUUGUAGUUGCGAGAAGAAGGAAGUUGAUUUGCCCAUGUUCAGUUUUGCGAGUGUAUCCGCUUCUACAAAUAACUUCUGUAUUGAAAAUAAACUAGGAGAGGGCGGUUUUGGAUCUGUUUACAAGGGAAAGUCACAAAGAGGAUAUGAGGUAGCUGUGAAAAGGCUCUCAAAAAGAUCUAAACAGGGAUGGGAGGAGUUAAAAAAUGAAGCCAUGCUUAUAGCCAAGCUGCAACACAAGAAUCUUGUGAAAGUUUUGGGAUACUGCAUCGAGUGGGAUGAGAAGAUAUUGAUUUAUGAGUAUAUGUCCAACAAAAGCUUGGAUUUCUUCCUCUUUGAUCCUGCAAAACGUGGGAUUCUAAAUUGGGAGACGCGAGUUCACAUCAUUGAAGGGGUUGCUCAGGGACUUCUUUAUCUCCAUCAAUAUUCCAGAUUGAGAAUUAUUCAUCGAGAUUUGAAGGCUAGCAACAUUCUUCUAGAUAAAGACAUGAACCCAAAAAUAUCAGAUUUUGGAAUGGCAAGAAUUUUUGGAGGAAAUAAAUCAAAAGCAACAAAACAUAUAGUUGGGACUUAUGGCUACAUGUCCCCCGAGUAUGUUUUGCGAGGUCUCUUUUCAACUAAAUCUGAUGUUUAUAGCUUCGGGGUCUUGUUACUAGAGAUUCUAAGUGGCAAGAAGAUUACUGAAUUUUAUCAUAGUGACUCGCUCAAUCUUCUUGGAUAUGCAUGGGAUCUGUGGAAAAACUAUAGAGGACUGGAGUUGAUUGAUCCAAUACUGAAUGAGAUAUCUUCUAGACAUAUUCUGUUAAGGUACAUCAAUGUAGCCCUUCUUUGUGUUCAAGAAAGUGCAGAUGAUAGGCCCACCAUGUCUGAUGUUGUCUCCAUGCUUGGCAAGGAAAAUGUACUUUUAUCAUCUCCAAAUGAGCCGGCCUUCUCAAAUCUAUGGGGUAUGAAACGACAUGCAUCUCAAGAUAGGCUUGAAAUUUGUUCCUUAAAUGAUGUAACACUUUCAAGCAUGGGAGCACGAUAAGUGUUCUAAAUUUCAAAUUGCAUAUGCUUAAAUGUCUUCAGCAUAUUGUCUAGUAUUAUAUCGGCCAUCAAGUUGAUUGUUGAUGUACUGAACAUGUGAACUUUUGUAUGUAUUUUUCUUUCAAUGCAGUUCAAUAAUGUGCUUAAUUUUACUCAA